AAUGGCGCACGUAGCUUUGUGAACGGCUGAUGGAGACAUUUUAAAAUAAACACACAGCUAGCCGCUAACGGCUAACAGGGCUCGCAAAGGUGCGAGCGCACUGCGCCAAAACACGUUUAAAUUCUUCCAAGUUUUAAAGGAGUGAAGUCUGUUUUGCAGGGCAUUGUUUGUGCAUCGUAAAUCUAAGAGGCUACAAAUUACCGAAGAUGUCGAAAAGUCUGACACUGGGAAAAGAAGAUUGUAACUAACGCCGCGCAGGUGAGCUCCCGUCCAGGCACAUUGGUCCAUGUUUGAUGGACCUUUGGGCUCUGGGCUCAACUAGCAUGAAGAUGGCUGAUUCAGAGAAGGCAGAGGAAUUUGGGGAUGCUGAGUGCCCCCCAGAGUGCCUUGACGAAGCACAAUCAGCCACGGCUUCUCUUCAGGGAGAGCAGGAUGAGCAUCUGAAAACGGAGACCACCACCAGUACCAGCUCACCACCAAGGGAAAAGGAGGCAGACAGCCCCUUGAAUACAGAGGGUGAGCAGAGUCUCCUCUCCAUGCCAUGCCUGAUGAAAGAGCUCCGCCGAGACUCCCCAGAGUCCCAGCAUGCCUCUACAGGGAGUGACAAGCCUGUGUCUCGACAUAUCUAUGAGAGUGACUCCUCAAACCCCUGCAUGCUCUCCCCCUCAUCCAGUGGCCACCUCGCUGACUCAGACACACUCUCCUCAGGGGAAGAAGGUGCUGGUCCUCCUGCAGGAGGAGAGGAAGAGGGCAACAUGGAAGCUGUAAAUGAUCCUGGGCAGGCAGCCGGAAAGCAAACAUCUGCCACGGCGACAGGGGGGAGAAAGUCUCGGCGGUCACGUUCAGAGAGCGAGAUGCCUCCCAAUGCAAUGGCUGCAAAGAAAAAUCGCUGCCAGCCCACUGUGGUAGCAGCAGGAGGGCAGGAAAAACAAACCAAUGGCAAGCUGGGGAAAGUGAAAGGCCAUCGUAGCCAGAAACACAAGGAGCGUAUGCGCUUGCUGAGACAAAAACGAGAGGCGGCAGCACGGAAGAAGUAUAACCUGCUGCAGGACAGCAGUACGAGUGACAGCGAGCUCACAUGUGACUCCAGCACCAGCACCUCUGAGGACGAGGAUGAUGACACUUCAGGAGGUAGCAAGACAAUCAAGACAGAUAUUCCAGACGGGCCUCCAGUAGUGGGUCACUAUGAUAUUUCAGACACUGAUUCUAACCAGGAGAGUAUGAGUGUGGAGACAGUCCGGCCCACGGUGAUAAAGCAUGAGCUAAAAACACACAGAGGCCAGGAUAUGGCAGCUCACUCUGGGUGUGUAAGAGCUCUGAGCUCUAUCUCAGGCCACAUGGAGGCAGAGCUGUCGCACAAGGAGAGUUCUCAACACAACAAGGGCCAGAUUAACGUUGCUUCCUCCGACAGCGAGGUGGAAAUUGUCGGAGUGCAAGAGAAACCACGAUGCGCCCACCCAUGCGGAGGUGUGAUAAAGAGUUUGUCCUCCUGGAAGGAGAACUCAGUGGAGCAGUUAAACAGCACAAAUCAACCACAGCUAUGGACUACUGUUUCUCCUCAGCCUAACUGGGUGUCCCCUCCUGAAGUGGUGGACCUCACGCUGGACGAGGACACUGGACACAAAUACCUACUUUAAACAACUUGUACACUGAAGACUCCUUUUUUCUUUCUCUCACUCCUAAUCCUCAUCCCUCUCGCCUCGCCUCCAUGUUACGGCUGAAAUCCUUCCUAGAGUUGCAGCCUCGCCUGUAACCACUUGUGGACUCUUCCUGCUCCAGAGCACUGUUUGUUUUUAACUUACUGUUGAACAAUCAUAUGUAUCAAAGCCAUUCUGCUGACGUGAUUCCCUGAUCUUGGCUUGUCAGCUAUGAAUUUAGUUGUAAUAAAAUGGCACAGCACUUCAAGUGCAGGUGGAAAUGUAUGUAAGAGUGAUUGAUCUGUCAAUGAUAGCAAUAUCCUCCCUUCAUUUUAUACCUCAGUUACCCCAUGAUAACGGACGUAGGUAGUCAUUUGGUGUUGUGUGCUUGCAAGCUAUACAGUGAAAACUUCAAGUUGCUGCUUAAGAGCAGGUCUGUAUCACAAUAUGGCUGAAGACCCGUUUCAGACUCUGAACAACAUAUUUUCAGACUGGAUUUGGCAUUUUUAUUUGCAGUCACCUGCGGUCAAGACAAAAUGGCAGCUGGUACACUUUCUGUUGUACAGUACAUCAUAGAUAGAUGGGAACAUUUGCUUUGUUCCUGUCUUGGGUCAAUUUUGUUUUUAGUCUCACCACUGGUUUCAUAUUUAGCUCUGCAUUGAUAACUUCGCUUUACUAUACAGUGCUCAGCUUAAGAAGAGCCCAUGCUCCGAUACUGUCCGGGAGUGUUUUGUUUUGGUUCAUCCUAAUGGAGUAGUUGGACUUCUUGAGAAAUAAGCUUAUUUGCCUUUGAGCUGAGAAUUUAAAUGAGAAGAUUGAAGAGAAGAUUGAUAUCAUAUAUCUUUUUGUUAAAUAUAAAGGCUACAGCCCGUAUAGUUUAGCUCAGCAAAAGGAUUCAAAACAGCUAGCCUGUCUCUGUCCAACGGUAACAAAUCCACCUACCUGCACCUUUUAAAGCUCAUUGAUUAACAUGAUAUCUCAUUUGUUUAAUCUGAGUUCUAAAAAUGGCAAUUUGCUGUUUAACAGACGGUUACAUGGCAGACUUAGUCUUGGCUGGACACAGUAACUUCCCAGUGUCUCCGCUGGUUCCCUGGCAACUGCGCGGAGCCAAGAAAUACUUGGACAGAGCAAGGCUAGCAUUUCCCCAUCUCAGUCUCUGUGCUAAGCUAAGAUAACCAGCUGCUAGCUGUAGCUUCAUAUUUAAUGGAAAUGACAUUGGUAUUGAUUUUCUCAUCUAGACUGAACUCUCCACCAGAAAGCAAAUAAGUUUAUUUCUCAACUUAUUUUAAAUUCACAGCUUUUGUUUCCUUUGUUUCCAUGUUAUAAUACGUUUUUCCUUUUUCAUGAAAACAAACGGAACAACUUGUUAGAUUCAAAAUCAGAGGUAAAUAAAACAUGCGCACUUGUCACAGACACACUACAAAAUACAACUCAUUUCCAUCGCAGCAGUACUAUAUGUGAUGUUUUAUUGGUAAUAGAAAUCAUGUAUCUUUUGUUAAAGACAAAUUUUUCGUCAGACACCACAUCUCUGUUAGAGAGAGUGAAAGUGACACAAGGUGUUGUGGUUAUCAGUGAAUGUAUGACCCUGCAGUGCUGACUGGGUGCACUCAUUGUUUGCAUGCUUAUCCUGAGUGGAUGCAAGCACCUUUAAACCUCUGGGACCCCUUUAUAACAACUGAGGAGAUGUAUCUUCCAUUGAAUACUGCAAAGCAAGUUGGCCUAACUGCCUUGAAAUGUGCACUAUUUUCUUUUAGAAUGGUAUAAAGCUUAUUCUUUUACCUACAAAGCAGUGGAUUUUGCUAUUCAACAAUAAAUAUUUUAAUAAUAGAUGUGAAUUUAGCACAUGUAUAAACACAGUACACGUGGUGUUGAGUUUGUGCCCACAUGUGGGGCAUCUGUAGAGGAGACAUUUACUGUAUGAACUGUUUUUACCCUGGUCCUCAUGGCCUGCUUGCUCUCUUUCCCUGUGGUCUUAUUUUUGUCUUCAUGCAGUACUGCAGCCCUGAUGAGACUGCAGCCAUGCUGGUAAAGGUUUAUCAGCAAUCCAACUUCAUACACUGUUUUAUCACUUUGUUUUAUUGCAUAUUGAAUAACAUCGACUUUAAGUGAUGCUUGAGAAAUAUAUAAUCAUAUUAAUUUAACUUCUGCUGGUCACAGAAAGGGAAAAUCCUAAAUAUAAGGAACUAAACCAAAGUCUAAAUGGAAUAUAUUUUGGGUUUGUUUUCUUUCCCAAGUUGAAAUAUGCUUCCAGUUUAUUCUUUUAAAUUUACUCAGUAAGUCUGAAGAUUUUAAUUUGGAAGUCGUUGCACUUGUGAAAUGAGGUGACAUGAAUUCUGUUUCAUAUUCAAGACAGUUUAGUAUAAUGUGAUAUUUUUGUUUUCCAUUGGCCAGUUCUUUUCACUAUAUGCAGCUACAACUGUAGGGACAAUUAUUUUACCAGACCACUUCUGCUUGCAAAAUCCAUUUUGCUAUUGUUCCUUAGGAUUAUUAUGAAAUGUUAGUAAGACAUUGCUCGUGUCUUUAGAGGUGAGGUUUGGUAGAAAAUAGGGCAGUGAUGCUCAACUAUGGUUGCACAUUGCAUGUUUGGUCACAUCUUUUAACCUCAAGUCAGAUUAUAACCCUCAUUAGUAAUUUAGCCUUGCUCUUCUGUUAUUUUUGUUUUAUUUUACUGUCAGUAUUUUAAAUUAACAAACAAGGUGUUUAUUUUGUUGCUUCUGCAGGUCCUUGACUUCCUUGAAAUUAUGUCUGUAGAUCAAAAAGAAACUAUUUUAAAACUAAAUAAAUAGAGCGUUAUUUAAUGA